AUGGCAUCUUUGGAACGUGCUCCAUUGGAGUUGUUACAAUACAUCAUAUACAAGCACCUCAAACGGCUGCUGUCUGAUCCAUUUGAAUACCAAUCCACGCUUGCAAGAAUAGCACCGGCAUCUGCGCUUAUGCGCCACAUUUCAACUGAAAUCUUAUACAGAGACAUCACGAUUUACAACGACGACAACAACAGCAUUCUCGAGCAACAAGGAGACCGCACUUUUAUCCACAUCUCCCACUUGACCCAAUUUGUCCACUGUUUGACCUUGGACAAUUUUUUGAAGAUCAGGUCGAUCCACAUCCACUGCAGGUCCAAUUUCAACAAGUUUGAGUACUCGGAGUUGUACAACAAGUUGUUGCAUUUCUGGACGAGACGCCAGCAUUGCAUCGAGUUGAUCAAUUUCGAUAUCGACAAUAUGAGAAAGAAUCAAACCAUCUUGCAGCAAUUGGCCAAGCACAGCUGCGAAGUGGUUGAGGAAAAUGACGAGGUUGACCUUCAACUGAGCUAUGGAAGUAAAGGAAAGAACAAGUUGGCAAAUCUCCUGAACUGGUCAAUCUUGAAUGCCCAGGAGCUCCUGAAUUUGCCCUUGACGAGUCCAAGCUUGAAAACAUUGGACAUUUUCGUUGAGGCUGUCUUUGGCGAUGAAUUUUUGCCCCACCAGCACUUGCAGUUGCAAAAUUUGCAGCAGUUGAACUUGAACACGACUUUGUCGACCCAGUGCUUUCUCCAGUUGAACCUUUGCAUGCCCUCGUUGAAAAAAGUGUCCAUUUCAUACUCGCAUUCUUUUAACAAACCAGCCAUUGAUUUCAAGGACUACCAACGCAUGAUUGAUUUUAACCAGUUGACAGAUUUGGAACUCAAGUUUAAUUGCUUGCACGAUGAUUGCACUUGCAUAAACCAGUUUUAUCACAACCUUGCCCACCAAGCCAACGACGAUAUGACGCCUAAUUUCUCCAAAUUGAAAAAACUCACGAUAAUCAACCACAAUUCCAAAAAUCAAGUGAGCAACCUCCAGCAGUAUGUUUAUCUCAUCUCGAACCAGUUCCCCGCUUUGUUCAACAAGUUCCCAAACUUGGAGUAUUUGUACUUGAAUGUUAAUGAGUUUAUCAAGAAUGACCAGUGUAAGAUAAACUGGGACAAUUUCGUGCAACUGAUCAAGUUGCUUCCAAAUUUACGAGACUUGACGAUUGUCGAUUUUUUCAAAUGGUGGAUCCCUACAAUCCAGCUCACGAGGGCAUCUCUCAUCAACACGUGUGGCUGUGACCAGUGUCAGCUGAUUAGACAGGAGUUUCAAAAGAUGGCUUUACACGACGAAAAGAAUCAUUUCACCCAUAAUUUUACCGACUUUGUCCUGGAGUCUAAUCAUGAACCAGCGCCAUCCCAUUUGGACAUGGCCCGCAAAUGCAACAGCAAGUUUCUUUCUUACUUGUUUACUGCGCAUCAGUCGCAAUUCCACCAGCUGAUCAUUUACUCCAUGUCCACUUUUUACUUCAGGAAAGUAUUUGGUGACGGACACUUGUUGACUCAAUUCCAAGAGUUGUUGAGACACAAUCAAUUGAACAAGUUGGCUCAAAAGUUAAAAGACAAUAACAACAGGUUGGUUAUUAAUUUUGGAGGAGUUUUGGUAUAA